GUAUCACAUUGCUUGAUCAGAAGAACAUUUUUUGGGUAUCCCCUAACUAAAGCAGGUUCUGGUCUGGUCCAGCAGACUAAAGAUGUUUGUUUGAGGUUCUGCAGGUCACGAAGUUCUACAGCAGCUGCUGAUGCGUCUGGAGAGGACACCUUCCUCAAAUGGGGCCUUUUCCUGGUCCCUCUGACCACGUUCUGUCUCGGCACUUGGCAGGUUCAGCGACGGAAGUGGAAAUUAGAUUUGAUUGCACAACUGGCAUCAAGAAUUACAUCAGAGCCCAUCCCGCUGACAUUAGACCCCAUUGAAUUGAAGGAACUGGAGUACAGACCUGUAAAGGUUCGAGGGCAUUUUGACCACUCCAAGGAGCUCUACAUUUUGCCACGGUCACUUGUGGACCCCGAGCGAGAAGCCAGAGAAGCUGGGCGGCUGACAUCCCACCCGGAAAAUGGUGCAAAUGUCAUUACUCCUUUCUACUGCACAGAACUGGGGGUCACGAUUUUAGUCAACCGAGGAUUUGUGCCCAAAAAGAAAUUGAAACCGGAGACCAGGCUGAAGGGACAGAUUGAAGAUGAAAUUGAUCUCACAGGGGUGGUGAGGUUAUCAGAAACCCGCAAACCUUUUGUGCCUGAAAACAACAUUGAGAAAAACCGCUGGCACUACCGGGACCUGGAGGCUAUGGCAAAGGUGACCGGCGCUGAGCCCGUAUUUAUUGAUGCAGAUUUCAGAAGCACAGUCCCAGGAGGGCCCAUCGGAGGCCAGACAAGAGUGAGCCUGAGAAAUGAGCACAUGCAGUACAUUGUCACCUGGUAUGGCUUAUGUGCUGCAACUUCAUUCUUGUGGUACAGGAAGUUUAUACAAAAGAUACGUCUCUGA